GGGUGGUGGGGGAUUAUAUAAUAGGGCGUCAGAUCGGGUCGGGGGCGUACUCGGUGGUGUGGUUGGCGCGGCACCGCGUGCGGGGGACGGAGGUGGCGGUGAAGGAGAUCGUCAUGGAUCGGCUCAGCACGAAGCUCCAGGAGAACCUCCUCUCCGAGGUCUUCAUCCUCAAGCGCAUCAGCCACCCCAACAUCAUCGCCCUCCACGACUUCAUUCAGGCCUCUGGGAGAAUUUAUCUCAUAUUGGAAUACUGUCGAGGCGGUGAUCUAUAUAUGUACAUACAGCGCCAUGGAAGAGUUCCAGAAGCAACUGCUAAGCAUUUCAUGCGACAAUUAGCUUCUGGUUUGCAGGUACUCCGUGAUAACAAUGUGGUCCAUCGAGACCUAAAGCCACAGAAUCUUCUUCUCUCAGCCCAUGAGGAAAACUCCGUAUUGAAGAUAGCAGACUUUGGCUUUGCAAGAUCUCUUCAGCCUUGUGGUAUGGCUGAAACACUCUGUGGCUCCCCACUUUACAUGGCUCCUGAAGUAAUGCGAGUUCAGAAGUAUGAUGCAAAGGCAGAUCUCUGGAGCAUUGGUGUCAUUUUGUAUCAACUAUUAAUGGGGAAAACCCCUUAUACUGGAAGCAAUCAGAUACAGUUGCUGCAGAACAUAGUCAAGUCAAAUGAGCUGCGUUUCCCACUUGAUAACAAUCUAAGUAACGACUGCAUUGAUUUGUGCAGAAAGCUACUGCGACGCAAUCCAGUGGAACGCCUCACAUUUGAAGAGUUCUUCAACCACCAAUUUUUAUCAGAACAAGUCUCAGAUGGAACAUCAAGCCGUACAUCAUCUGACACAAGAGAUGGCUUUCCAUUGGCUGAGUACAGCCCAAAAAGGCUUUCAGGGCAAAGUUCUCAUGAAGAUUGUAUGCCUUUCCCUUUGGACGAUGAAUUGAGUGGGCAAGAUGGAAGCCCAUCUUUGACUGUAGACAAGAAUAAUUCAAUAAGUUCCUCUUAUAGGUUCUCUGUCAGGAACAAAGCAGAUAGUAGAACUCCAGAGUGUAGCCCAUCUAAAAGUAUAGGCCUCCUUUCUAGAUACAGAUCACAUAAAAAGGUGGAAAGUGCUGGUUAUAUACAUGAUUCUCUGGGCAGGAAUACUAAAGAGACCAAGAUUACAGAUGAAAGAGAUGCUAAUAGAAUCUCCGCAAAAGAUUCUCCUAUUGUCGAUUCAGAAGAAUUUGUAGACCAUGAUUAUGUCCUUGUCUCUGGACCAUCCCGAGAUAUAACGUCUUCUUCAGUAAGUCCAUCCCAGCCAAGCAACUCACCGUGCAAAUCAGAAAGUUCACCAACUGUAUCUCCAAAGCUCGGUGCAUUUAGUGCACCAAUGCCUAUAAAAGGUGCCGAAAUAAACAGACAGCGUUUUAGGGCAAGUCUGGAUAGUAACAGUCCUCCAGCAUACGGAACUUCACAGGGAUCCAUAGACAUGAUGGAUGCUAUGGAUCAGCCAUCAGCUCACUGCAUGACGAGGAUUAGUUUUUUGCAGCAGUGUGCUUCUGCCAUAACUGAGUUGAUCAAAGAAGAGGUCGAAAAUGGUAGACACUUGGAAGCAUUCUCCAUUCAGUUAGUAGUACUUGCGAUUUGGAAGCAAGCCAUGCACAUUUGCCAUGCUCAAGCGGCCUCCGCUGUAGGAGGAAGCCCAUCGCGGGAGAUGAAAGUCAAGAAAGCCUAUGAGGAAGAUGGUUCCCUUUCCUUGUCUAACUCUCAACUCCCUGAUGCUGUUCGCUCACAGAUUGAAAAAGAAUUUCUCCUCGAAGUUGGUCGUGCUGAAGAGCUUGCCUCCGAUAUUACCCAGAUUGCCGAAGCUUCAGAGAUGCCCGAUGCAAUUGAAAUGAUAUUUCAGUGUGCACUAAUGUCAGGUAGACAAGGCGCGGUUGAUGAGAUGAGGGGAAAUGCAGAGAGAGCUGCAACACGCUAUUCAAAGGCGCUAUCUCUAUUGAAUUUUCUGCUGGUGGAGGCACCUAUACUCGCCCUCAAUCCGCCUUUCUCCCCCACGAAUUCGGAUCGUUACCGACUGCGCUCAUACAUAGAUGUACUCAAAAGUAGGCAAGAUUUUCUUAUGUAUGUUUCAAGAUAAAGCCUGCGGAAGCAAUGUAUGCCAAGUAUGAAGAGUGGGCUUUGUAUUCGAUUUGAGGUACUCAAAACAGUUUUAGGUAUCGACUAAUUUGACGGUGAUGGUAAGGAUGGAACCUUUACAUUCUUUUUAUCUACAUUCUUUUUAUCUGUUGUUACAGUCUAGUGGUAUGGUUCAUCGAGUGUUAGUUAAUUAUGUUCAUUCGUCCACAUUGGUGCAUUACUUGUGAGUCAGAGUUACUGGCAUUUACAUAGAUUUCUUUGAACAUGAGGCAAUUGAUCGCUUGCCAAUGCUAGCCGAAUAUCAAACGCUCUGUGCUGUUCACAACCACUAGAUAAGAGAUAAAACAACUCAUUCUCGCAUGGACUCGUGCAUGCUAAAGAUUUCACUUACGGUGGGAAACACAGCAACACACAGUUAUUAGGUAGUACAAAAAGAAGAGGACAUUAUGCAACGACACUACAACUUAAAGACGAAACUGCGUGGACGUCGGGUUCCCAGCUUCUACACAUAUGGUGGAGGCGAUGGCUGUGGAUCCGGAGGUGGACACUUGUAGCCAGGUGGUGGGUGGCCUCUCUCUGGUGGAGGUUGUCCAUACUGCGGAGGUGAGGGCGGCGAAGGCCGAGGAGAAGGUGGUGGGUGGCCUCUACUGGGUGGAGGCUGUCCAUACUGCGGAGGUGAGGGUGGCGAAGGCCGAGGAGAAGGUGGUGGGUGGCCUCUACUGGGUGGAGGCUGUCCAUACUGCGGAGGUGAGGGUGGCGCUGGCUGAGGAGAAGGUGGCGGCUGCUUGUACUCCGGCGAGGGUUUCUUGUGAGAUGGCGGUUUGUGCUCCGGCGGACAUGGCUUUUUAUGAUGAGAUGGUGGCUUCUUUUUGUGUUCUGGAGGUUUCUUGUGUGAGGGCGGUGUUGGCUGGGGAGAAGGUGGCGGCUGCCUGUACUCCGGCGAUGGUUUCUUGUGAGGAGGUGGUUUGUGCUCCGGCGGACACGGCUUCUUAUGAUGAGAUGGUGGUGGUUGCUUCUCGUGCUUUGGAGGUUUCUUGCGGGACGGCGGUGCUGCUCCAUGCGUAGGCGGUGGGGAUGGUUGCCCGUGCUGCGGCGGCUGUGAUGGUGGCUGCUGCCCAUGUUGUGGCGGUGCAGGUGGCUGCCCGUACUGUGGCGGUGCUGGCGGCUGUUGUCCGUGCUGUGGUGGUUGAGGUGGCGGCUUUGCAUGCUGCGGAGGUGGCUGCUGAGGUGGAGCCUUCUCGUGAGAUGGCGGCGGGCACUCGUGAUAGGGAGGCGGGUGCUUGUGAGAUGGCGGAGGGCGCUCGUGGCAAGGCGGUGGCUUGUGGGAAGGUGACGGGCGCUCGUGGGAUGGAGGAGGGCACUCAUGAGAAGGCUGGUCAUGCUGGGGUUGUAGAAGCCGUGGAGGGUACUCUUCACGGGGCUCUUCCUUGGUAUAGUUACCAACGGUUGUUAGUGAGAGCGUGCUCUCACGUAGCAAUGCUACUGCUGCUAACCAAAGCAUGGCUACUUGUAAAUAAGCUCGCCUACUCAUCCUGCCUUUUCCCCCUGAUCUUAAUUGCGCCUCCGAAGCAGCAGUAGUGCGGCUUCCUAUAAAAGCAGCUCUUUGAUGAGGAAGCUCCAGCGGGAUCAUUGUCUCUUUGCAGGAGGGCAUUCGGAUGAGAAACAGCCACAGCAACAGCGGGCCAUAUGUUGGCUGGAAAGCCCGGGGAGCGUGACACAUAAGGAGCAGGGCAGCUUAGGGAGGUGACGUCUGUUGAAUGCAUGAGCUCUAGGAUCUAGUGGGAGUAUUCAAUUAAUAAAGCGGGGCUUAGCUCGGAGCUCAAUUAAUGGCACGUGAGGCUGGGCCCACUGGAAUCUGAUAUGGUGGCCGAAGGAAGAGAACAAGCUAGCGAAAACCUGCUUGGCCAGAACGGACAGGAUAUACAGUGGGAUGUGCAGGUGAAUUCAGGUGCGAUUUCAAUUUAUUAAUUGAUUUUUUGAUUUCUUUAAAAUAAUUCUCAUUGGAUUUAUGUUCAUUUCCAUGGUUGUCGGAAACGUGAACGUCAGUCUUCUAGUUUAUAUUAACUGACUCUCACUUAAGUGACUCUCUCAUUGUUAGUCACUAGUUCA